CGAGUGCAUGGUUUUUUUUACUCGCGAAAAUACAGUUUCUACACCACCUGUUCUUCUAGAUUCAGCAGUUGUUCAAACUUCACUUCGAGCUCUGAUUUCUCUCCGGCGAACUUGAUGACUCUUCGUCCGAUCACCGGGUCCCAUUGUGCGGCCGCUGUUCUCUGAUAGCCGCCGGAGAAAGAUAUCAGCUGGUAAUUCUGAUCGAAUGGAAGCCUCCGUCGAUUUCCGGUGCAAAAAAUCUGCCGGGAAAUGGCGGUGCAGCGAGACGGCGUCGAAGGGGAAAUCGUACUGUGAGAAGCACUGUUGGCAGAUAAAGAAUCAAAGCGAGAGGAAAAAGAGGGAGAGAGAAGGAAAGAUAAUCGGUUCUGGAGAAUUCGCCGGUGGCGGUGGUGGAGAGAGGACCGGUGAGAAGAGGAGGAGGAGGAAAGAGUCCGACAGCGAUGGAUCAGAUGACAAUUCGACUCUGGUGAAAGACCUGCGCAAACGACACCCUAUCACUAAAAAGGAUAGAGUGAACCGGAUUGUGGAUAUUAAUUCAGAUAAAAUUGAGUCUAACUGCGGUAAUGGAAAAGCGGAAUCCGGCGGAGGACAGAGGAGUUCAACUGAAGACCAGAGCAAAUCCGGUUCUAGAAUACCUGAAAAUGGGGUUCUUGGUGAUAAUAAGAAGAAUAGUGGCAGUAAUUGUAAGGGUGUAAGGAAUUCUGGUCAGGACAAACUCAAUAAGAACAAAGAGCAUGGUAGCUUAAUGUGUCAUCAAUGUCAGCGAAAUGAUAAGAGUGGUGUUGUUCACUGUUCCAGCUGUACAAGGAAACGCUACUGCUUUGAGUGCAUUGCAAAAUGGUACCCUGAAAAAACAAGAGAUGAAAUUGAGAGUGCAUGCCCAUUUUGUUGUGGCAAUUGUAAUUGCAAGGCUUGCCUGCGGGAGGUUUUGUUUGUGAAGGCUAAUCAUAAGGAAUUAGAUGACAGUGUCAAAUUGCAGCGACUGCAGUACUUACUAUUCAAAGCCCUGCCUGUUCUCAGGCAUGUUCACCAGGAGCAGAAAUCUGAAGUAGAGAUAGAAGCCAAGAUACGAGGUGUUCAAUUGAUGGAGAGUGAUAUAACAAGGUCUAAACUUGAGAAAAAUGAACGAUUAUACUGUGAUAAUUGCAAUACAUCCAUUGUUGAUUUUCAUAGAAGCUGCCCCAACCCUGAUUGCUCUUAUGAUCUCUGUCUCAUAUGUUGUCGUGAGCUACGAGAAGGUCGUCAGCCUGGAGGAAGUGAAGCAGAAACAUCCCACCAGCAGUUUGUAGAAAGAGCUCAUGGGCAAGUCGCAGAUGGGAAGAGCAAGGCUACAACUAAAAGAAAACGAAAUGGUAGAGUGAGUGAAGUGGAGCUUGCUGCUGAUGAUUCUAAAGCUGAUGUCUCCAAUCAGUUUCCUGAUUGGAGAGCAACUGGUGAUGGUAGCAUUCCAUGCCCUCCAAAAGAGCGUGGAGGUUGUGGUACUGCAAUACUGGAGUUGAGACGCAAUUUCAAAGCUAAUUGGGUAAUGAAGUUGAUUCAGAGUUCAGAGGAUCUUAUUUGCCAUUAUCAGUUACCAGAUCAUAAUUUUUCUCAAGGUUGUUCUUUAUGCUGGCCAAAUGUUACUGGAAGGAACAGUGAACAAAAUUCUGAAAUGAGGAAGGCUGCUUUCAGGAAGCAUGGUCAUGAUAACUUCUUGUACUGCCCAAAUGCUGUCAACAUUACUGAUGAUGAAAUCGAGCAUUUCCAAAGGCAUUGGAUGAGAGGGGAACCUGUGAUUGUCAGAAAUGUUCUUGACAAGACAUCUGGCCUUAGUUGGGAACCAAUGGUAAUGUGGAGGGCUUUUAGAGAAACAGGUGCAAAAACAAAGUUCAAAGAGGAGACACGGAGUGUGAAGGCCAUAGAUUGCCUGGAUUGGUGUGAGGUUGAGAUUAAUAUUCAUCAAUUUUUUGCGGGCUACUUAGAGGGUCGUAUGCAUAAGGGUGGAUGGCCAGAGAUGUUGAAGCUGAAAGAUUGGCCCUCAUCAACUCUAUUCGAAGAGCGUUUGCCCAGGCAUGGUGCUGAAUUUAUUGCAGCACUCCCAUAUUGUGACUAUACUGAUCCAAAAUCAGGUUUUUUGAACAUUGCUACAAAACUUCCUACUGAGUCCCUGAAACCCGAUUUAGGACCCAAAACAUAUAUUGCAUAUGGAUUUCCUUUGGAGCUCGGUAGAGGAGAUUCAGUGACAAAGCUGCAUUGUGACAUGUCUGAUGCGGUUAAUGUACUGACACAUACUGCGAAGGUGAAGGUUGCCCCAUGGCAGCAUAAAAGAAUAAAAACAAUGCAGAAGAAACAUGCUAUUGGAGAUUUGCAUGAACUCUAUGGUGGAAUAAGUGAAGCUGUGGAUGAAAGUGAGAACAUAGUUGAGAAGGACCAUUUGUUACCAGAACAGAAAAAGUCAAAGGUGAAGCCAUGUGAUAUAGCAAAUCUUGUUACUGAGAAUGGAGUUCAACAUCACCCUACAAAGGAUCAACUGGAUGAGGAUGUUAACAAUGCAGACUCCAAGUCAAAUGCAACUGACAAUAUGAAUGAGAAGUUAAAAGCAAAGGUAACAGCACGAUCUGAAAAGAGAGGAUACCAGCCUUCGAAUUGCAGGGAUGAUGCUGAGAGGGAUUCCUCCUCAGGAAAUGAGGUAGGUACAAGCUCCACUUGUUCUGCCACUGAAAAUUUAUAUCAUGCCAAUGGACUUGAAGUUGAGAAUGAAACUAUGGCUGAAGAAGAUGCAUCCAAUCAAGAUGGCCUGAACUCUUCUAGUGACACAACUACAAACGAUUCUCUUCAGAAUAUAGAUGAUUCAACUGUGGCCCAUGGUGGUGCUGUUUGGGACAUCUUUCGCAGGCAGGAUGUUCCUAAGUUGAUUGAGUACUUGCAAAAGCACCAAAAGGAAUUUCGCCACAUAAAUAAUCUUUCUAUAAAGUCUGUCAUCCAUCCUAUUCAUGAUCAGACCCUUUUCUUGAAUGAAAGGCAUAAAAAACAACUGAAGGAAGAGUACAAUGUUGAGCCCUGGACAUUUGAGCAAAACCUUGGUGAGGCUGUUUUCAUUCCAGCAGGGUGUCCUCAUCAAGUGAGAAAUAGACAAUCAUGCAUCAAGGUGGCCCUUGACUUUGUUUCCCCUGAGAAUGUUCAAGAAUGUAUUCGGCUAACUGAUGAGUUUCGUCUACUCCCAAAAAACCAUAGAGCCAAGGAAGAUAAAUUGGAGGUUAAAAAGAUGACCCUUUAUGCUGUAAGUUCAGCUGUAAGAGAAGCUAAGAAAAUCAUCUCAAAUCUCAAAAUCGAAAGAUGUGUGGUGGAAAGGCUGGAAAGCACCGGAUGGAACUUCCCAUUACGCUUUCUACGGGAAUAUGCUUUUGAUUUUACUUUGUGGGCCUAAAGGGUUUUGCAAAUCGCACGCCUCAUGUUGCUUCGGGCGUUGAAUCUCUCGAGGAGGUGCUUUUGCAGUCAUGGUGGCCAUGAUAUUGCCAGCGCCAUUGCUGAGCUCAAUAAGGUAAUGUGCUCCCCUUUUUAUUUAUUUAUUUUUAUGGUGGUGUACUGAACUAGAACAGUGCGAUAGUGGGUGGUUCGUUUUUUUGUGAGAAAGUGGACGGUAGCGUGAUGGAAUAAUGAGAUAGUGGCAUGAGUUCAUGUGAAAAGACGGAAAUGGAAUUGAUUUGAUGAUAUUGAAGAAAGGGAAAAUAUGUUCCAUCAUAUGUUCCUUUAGUGGAAGCUUGGUUGUCUGAAAUUUCACCCAUAUGAAAUCAAUGGUUUUUGUAGAAAUUUCAAUUAGAACCUGAAUGGAGACAAAGCAGAUAGAGGUUUGAAUCCAAAACCACCAUUAUGCUGUGUUGCUCCUGGCAAAGUAUGGUCCUAAGAUGGGUGAACCCCUGCAUUUGUGCUUGCUUGAAAGUUUCUCAUUGAACUAGACAAUUGCAGCUUAAAUUGAAUGUAGUCAUAUCUAAGAGAAUUUUACUUAAUUAAUCAUUCCGCAAAUCAAUAUUCGAUA